ACAGAUCACAUGACUAGCACCGAGAAGCAGGGAGAAACAUGGCCGUCUCCGGUGUGUUUAAAGCGGGUCUGUUCAACCACAAAGUGGCGGUGGUAACGGGAGGAGGCACCGGAAUCGGUAAAGCCAUCUCCUCCGACCUGCUGAAGCUGGGUUGUAACGUGGUGAUCUCCAGUAGGAAGUUGGAGAGGCUGGAGGCUGCAGCUGAAGAGCUGAGACAGAGUAUCCCUGAGUCUAGUCCUGCAUCUGUCACCCCUAUUGUCUGUAACAUACGCAACGAGGAGGAGGUGAAGUCUCUGGUGGGGUCAGUGUUGCAGCAGUAUGGUCGGAUAGACUACCUGGUAAAUAACGGUGGAGGUCAGUUCAGCAGCCCAGCAGAACACACCUCAUCUAAGGGGUGGAAGGCUGUCAUAGACACCAACCUCACAGGAACCUUCCACUGCUGCAAGGAAGUGUAUGCUGCAUGGAUGAAGGAGAACGGAGGAGUGAUCGUCAACAUCAUCGCUGAUAUGUGGAAGGGCUUCCCAGGCAUGGCUCAUACCGGAGCAGCGCGGGCCGCUGUAGACAACCUAACUAAGACUCUGGCCAUCGAAUGGGCCGUGUCUGGAGUCAGAGUCAACGCCAUAGCACCGGGUACCAUCAUCUCCAAGACAGCCGUUGAGAACUAUAAGGAGUUUGGACCAACACUGUUUAAGAUGUCUAUUCCUUUCAGCCCAGCUAAAAGACUGGGAGUCCCAGAGGAGAUCUCUCCAGCAGUGUGCUUCCUCCUGUCUCCUGGUGCCUCUUAUAUCUCUGGAGCCACUCUGAGGGUGGAUGCUGGACAGAGUCUUUACCACUCUAUGUGGGAAAUACCAGAUCACAGUGCGUGGCCUGCGGCCCCAGAGGGAGAGAAUCUGGACACUCUGAAAGAGCUGCUGAAACCCAAGGCCAGGCUCUAACUAUCACUACGGAAACAAGGUCAUCGCUACGGAAACAACCCAGCACUGCGGUGCCCAGCCCAUGGCAACAGACGGACGGACGGGUAUAUGAUUGUAGACAGACAGUAGUAGAUGUUUAGAGAAUUGUUUUUGAGAACGCUGAUCAGAAUGCUAUCAAUAUGAAUUAAUGGAAGGAUUAGUGUCACUAUAGAGGCUGACCUCUACAUCUGUCUCCUCUCGUCCUGUCAGCCUGACCCUGUGACUCUGUAUCGCCCUGUGUGACCCUGUAUCGCCCUGUGUGACCCUGUAUCGCCCUGUGUGACCCUGUAUCGCCCUGUGUGACCCUGUAUCGCCCUGUAUCACCCUGUGACCCAGUAUCGCCCUGUGUGACUCUGUAUCGCCCUGUGUGACCCUGUAUCGCCCUGUGUGACCCUGUAUCGCCCUGUGUGACCCUGUAUCGCCCUGUGUGACCCUGUAUCGCCCUGUGUGACCCUGUGUGACCCUUUGACCCUGUAUCGCCCUGUGUGACCCUGUGACCCUGUAUCGCCCUGUGACCCUGUAUCGCCCUGUGUGACCCUGUGACCCUGUAUCGCCCUGUGGCCCUAUAUCAACCUGUGACCCUGUAUCGCCCUGCAUCGCCCUGUGUGACCCUAUGACCCUGUAUCGCCCUGUGACCCUGUAUCACCCUGUGACCCUGUAUCGCCCUGUGUGACCCUGUAUCGCCCUGUGUGACCCUGUAUCACCCUGUGUGACCCUGUAUCGCCCUGUGUGACCCUGUAUCACCCUGUGACCCUGUAUCGCCCUGUGUGACCCUGUAUCGCCCUGUGUGACCCUGUGUCGCCCUGUGUGACACUGUAUCGCCCUGUGACCCUGUGUCGCCCUGUAUCGCCCUGUGUGACCCUGUAUCGCCCUAUGACCCUGUAUCGCCCUGUGUGACCCUGUAUUGCCCUGUGUGACCCUGUGUCGCCCUGUGUGACCUUGUAUCGCCCUGUGUGACCCUGUAUUGACCUGUGUGACCCUGUAUCGCCCUGUGUGACCCUGUAUCGCCCUGUGUGACCCUGUAUCGCCAGGUGUGACCCUGUAUCGCCCUGUGACCCUGUAUUGCCCUGUGUGACCCUGCGACCCUGUGUGACCCUGUAUCGCCCUGUGACCCUGUAUCGCCCUGUGUGAUUCUGUAUCACCCUGUAUCGCCCUGUGUGACCCUGUAUCGCCCUGUGACCCUGUAUCGCCCUGUGACCCUGUAUCGCCCUGUGUGACCCUGUGACCCUGUAUCGCCCUGUGACCCUAUAUCAACCUGUGACCCUGUAUCGCCCUGCAUCGCCCUGUGUGACCCUGUAUCGCCCUGUGACCCUGUAUCACCCUGUAUCGCCCUGUGACCCUGUAUCGCCCUGUGUGACCCUGUAUCGCCCUGUGUGACCCUGUAUCACCCUGUGACCCUGUAUCACCCUGUGACCCUGUAUCGCCCUGUGUGGCCCUGUGUGACCCUGUAUCGCCCUGUGUGACACUGUAUAGCCCUGUGACCCUGUGUCGCCCUGUGUGACACUGUAUAGCCCUGUGUGACCCUGUAUCGCCCUGUGUGACCCUGUGUCGCCCUGUGUGACUCUGUAUCGCCCUGUGACCCUGUGCCGCCCUAUGGCCCUGUAUCGCCCUGUGUGACCCUGUAUUGCCCUAUGACCCUGUAUUGCCCUAUGACCCUGUAUCGCCCUGUGUGACCCUGUAUUGCCCUAUGACCCUGUAUCGCCCUGUGUGACCCUGUAUUGCCCUGUGUGACCCUGUGUCUCCCUGUAUCGCCCUGUGUGACCCUGUAUCGCCCUGUGUGACCCUGUAUCGCCCUGUGUGACCCUGUAUCGCCCUGUGUGACCCUGUAUCGCCCUGUGGGACCCUGUAUCGCCCUGUGACCCUGUAUCGCCCUGUGUGACCCUGUAUUGCCCUGUGUGACCCUGUAUCGCCCUGUGUGACCCUGUAUCGCCCUGUGUGACCCUGUAUCGCCCUGUGUGACCCUGUAUCGCACUGUGUGACCCUGUAUCGCCCUGUGUGACCCUGUAUCGCCCUGUGUGACCCUGUAUCGCCCUGUGUGACCCUGUAUUGCCCUGUGACCCUGUAUCGCCCUGUGACCCUGUAUCGCCCUGUGUGACCCUGUAUCGCCCUGUGUGACCCUGUAUCGCCCUGUGUGACCCUGUAUCGCCCUGUGUGACCCUGUAUCGCCCCGUGGGACUCUGUAUAGCCCUGUGUGACCUUGUAUCCCCUGUGUGACCUUGUAUCGCCCUGUGUGACCUUGUAUCGCCCUGUGUGACCCUGUAUCGCCCUGUAUGACCCUGUAUCUCAUGUACUGUACAUAAUUGUAGAUAAUUCAGGUAUUAUUAACAUGGUAAUAGGCCUAUGUGACAAUUCUCCUGAUUUAUUGGCUGUUAUUAGUGUUUUGAUAAUGCACAGCCAGUACUGAUGAAUAUGAACCAUAAUGUUUUCACUAACUCGUCUCAUAAAGAAACAGCUCUGCCUUACAAUAAACACCCUUUACAUUGCA